AAUAAUUUAGUAUUUGAUGAAACCCGAGACUAAUAACCAGGCCUUUGACACUUUAAAUAAUUUUCCUCUACAGUCUAAAUGAAUGGAUGCUGUCGAGGAAGUCUGUAACUGAUUCUUAUGUGGGAAGUAAGGUUUCAGCGAUCGUGGCAGGACGAGUAGUUUUCAAACGAAGUAUCUCUUACUGCAAUCACAAUUAACCAACAAGAAUAAGGAAACGAAAACCGAAUGAUGUCGAUGACAAAUGUAACAGAAGGUGAAACACAAGAAAAAACAUUUGAAGAACUGCUAUGCUCCCCCGCUUUGGUGGGUGGGCUUCAACAAGAAUCAAUUCUUUUCUCAGCAGUUAACAUUCUCCUUUCCAUCACAGCAUUUUUUGGAAAUUUUCUCAUCCUUGUUGCCCUUUACAAGGAUUCUUCCCUUCAUCCGCCGUCCAAGCUUUUGUAUCGCUGUCUGGCAACAACUGAUCUGUUGGUUGGUCUUGUUGCCCAGCCUCUUUAUGCUACUUAUUGCAUGUCCUUGGUUUACGCGCGUUGGAAUCUUUGUCAAUAUGUAAGGGAAGCUGUCUACGUAACAGGCUAUGCAUUAUGUAAAGUUUCCUUAUUGACGAUGACGGCCAUAAGUUUAGAUAGACUUCUCGCCUUAUUGCUGGGGCUGAGGCACAGACAGAUUGUAACUUUGCGUCGCACAUAUAUCAUGGUAGCUAGCUUUUGGGUUCUAUCUAGUGUCAUUGCUUCAUCCUACACAUUAGAUUACUCUGUAACAUUUUUCUAUGGCCGUAUAUUGAUGCCAACUUGCAUAAUUGUAUCAUUCGCCUCAUACGCGAAAAUUUUUCACACUCUCAGUCAACAUCAGGCUCAAGUACAAGACCAGUUUCAUCAUCAAACUAGCCAUCCGAACAUUUCUCGAUACAAGAAGGCAGCGAACAGUGCACUGUGGGUGCAGUUAGCACUAGUUAUCUGUUAUUUGCCAUUUGGUGUAGUGGAUAUUGUGAUCAGCAAUAGCAAAAUAUAUUCAUCGCUCUUAGUCAUCGUAAGAGGAUUAACAGUUGUCCUUGUUUUCUUUAACUCGACGUUGAACCCUUUAAUUUAUUGUUGGAAAAUUAGUGAGGUAAGACAAGCAGUAAAGCAGACAAUCAGACGAGCACUUUGUUGACCAUGGAGUUAAAACGCCGUUGAACUGUACUCGAUUGAAUACAUUCAAAGCUUACUCAUUAAGAGACGUUUAUUAUUUGAGAACGUGCGCUCAAAUAUCACUGCUGGAAGUUUGUCGAUGGAAUUUUCUUUUGCACCUAAACAACUAAAGGAAAGGCAAUGGAAACAAAUCCGUAUAGAACAGUUUUUUGCGGUCAAACUCCCCAGUUUAUCACGAGUACAGCAAGUCAUUUUCGAUCAGACGAUUUGCAUGUUUAUUCUUCAGAGCAAUAUGUUGCACUUAAUAAAACGUCAAAAGUAGUUUAAGAGAAUCGCUCGAUGUUUUACCAUAACCGAUGUAAGUGUUUUACCAUAAUAAUAAUAGUAAUAAUGAUAAAUUUUCAGCUAAAAGAUGACGCCUGGAGAUUACGCCAUAUUGCUAGACAUGCAGGCUCAGUUCCCUGGGAAAAAUGUCUUUUAUGUAUAUAAAAAUGUGAUUAUGG